UUGUCAUGGCGGACUUGGACGGAGGAGCGUACGAGCGGAAGGAAGCUAAUAGUUUCAGUGGGAAUAAUAACGGGAAGAGGAUGAAUUCUUCCAGUUCACGGGUCGUUUCUAACUUAAUGGCCAAAACACAGUAUUGUGAAAAACUGCAGGAAUGGAUGUGGCAGUAUUACUGUGGGUAUGUGAGCUGGGGGACUGGCUUUCCUUUUCCUCCCUCACUUCCAACACAAGCAGCGAGUGGGAGCCUGAGAGCACCAACAUGGGGGGAGGAUGUGCCUAACGGAGACCUACACACCUGGUUCACUCAGUCCUAUGGUGUCCCUUUGUCUUCAUUUCCGUCCACUGGGGUCCCCAUUGCCAAUACAGCUGUUAAUAAUACCAGUGAGAGACAGGUAGAGAUCAAUAACCAGAGUCAACAUCUUCCUGUCCCCCUGCACCUGCAGCAACAUGGGAACAUCCAACAGCCAGGUCAAGAAUAUUUCAUUCCCUCUCCUCUCCAUCGCUUCCUGGCUGAGAUGGUGGACUUCUUCAUCCUCUUUUUCAUCAAAGCAACCAUCAUCUUAAGCAUAAUGCACCUCAGUGGAAUGAAGGACAUAUCGAAAUUUGCCAUGCACUUCAUUGUGGAAGAAAUAGAUGAAGACACAUCAAUGGAGGAGCUGCAGAAAAUGAUGCUCGUGGCUCUUGUGUACCGGAUAUUGGUGUGCUUCUAUGAGAUUAUAUGUAUUUGGGGAGCUGGUGGAGCCACGCCAGGGAAAUUUCUGCUUGGCCUACAAGUGGUCACAUGUGACACUUCUGUCCUGGUGCAACCCAACCGAGUGCGUGUGGUGCCUGCGACUAACGUCAGUCUGUCAGCGUCAACCAUCCGAGCCCUAAACAAAAACUUCUCCAUUGCAUUUUUUUUCCCGGCAUUCAUCACGCUGCUCUUUUUCCAGCACAACAGAACUGUGUAUGAUAUUGUAGCAGGGACUAUCGUGGUCAAGAGAAACAGACAUGGGUGAUGUGUGUGGAUCCGUACUACCUGCUGAGAAAACAACUCCACAUCAUGAAGAACUGAGCCAAAGAGCUGCUGGGUCACAGGAAAGGGAGAAAAGGAGGAAGUCCUCCAAGCAGAGAAGUGUUAGACAUCAAGUAUUUUUCACUUCAGGUACUCCGAGGGAGCGUUUGAAAGAUUUGCUGCAGCGAAUGAUUAGUAUUUAUUUUUUGAUGACGUUUGGCAUGUACAACAUGAAGUGAAUUUUUUUUUUUUUAAGCAUUUUUCAAAAAUUUCAGAACAUGCAGUGUAAUGAGUAACAUGGAAAUUCCAGUAAGUGUUAAUUUUUGUUUGCUAGUUACUGUAUUUAGCAUGUUUCUGUGUCUGAUCUGAAUAUCAGAAGGUUAAACUGGAAUAGAUGCACUUGAAACAAACAAGUCAAUCAACAUUAACUAAAAGUUUAUCGCCCCGAAACAGAAUAAUGCUGGAGGGUUUUUUUUUUGUUUGUUUUUUUUGUAAAGCAGAAUAUUUGCCUUUGCAUCACUACCUACCUUAAGUAACAAAAAUACACUGAUCUAAUGACUAA